UUCAGUUUGAUUAAACCAAACUCAUGCCCACCUUUACUCCGUGAGCCGUAGCUGAUUAACUCCAAUACAUCAUGUUUAACCAGUAGUUAGUGCGGUAGCGUUGGAUUCCAGACUUCCAGUAAGCUCUGAAGCGGUGCGGUGCGGUCCGAACCGGCCCGGAUCCGGACUUUAUGUUUGAAUAGUUAUCCCAUUCAUAAAAGUUCACAAGGACAAACCCGUACAACGGGAUCGAUCAAUCUUGAUAGCCUGGGAAUGGAAGAGCACGGGGAGCAUCAGGUUCAGCACGAAAAAUCGUUGCUGGGGAAUAUAGCUGAGAAGAUUCACCAGAGUAGCAGUUCUUCUUCCUCCGAUUCUGAAUCCGAGGAAAAGCCCGUGAAGUCUGAGGCGUCACAUUCAUCCAACAAAGCUAAGAUUUGGCGGUUUUUCGGCCGGGAACAACCGGUUCAUAAGGUUUUCGGUGGAGGCAGACCUGCUGAUGUGUUUUUGUGGAGGAACAAGAAGAUAUCUGCUGGACUCCUUGGUGGAGUUACCGCUAUUUGGGUUCUAUUUGAACUGCUAGAGUACCACCUACUAACACUAGUCUGCCAUGUCUUGAUCAUUGCUCUUGUAGUCUCGUUCUUGUGGUCCAACACAUCAUCCUUCAUCAACAAGUCUCCUCCCCGAAUCCCUGAAGUCCACAUUCCAGAGGAUCCAUUCAUUCAGGUUGCUUCUGCCUUGAGAAUUCAAAUAAACAGUGGUUUGCAUUUACUACGAGAAAUUGCAUCCGGAAGAGACCUGAAGAUAUUUCUUGCUGUCAUCGCUGGUCUAUGGAUCCUCUCAGUUAUUGGCAGUUGGUGCAACUUUUUAUCAUUGGUCUAUAUGUCCUUUGUAUUACUCCACACUGUUCCUGUGAUAUAUGAGAAGUAUGAGGACAAGAUCGAUCCGCUAGGGGAGAAAGGGAUGGUGUGGGUGAAGACGCAAUAUGCAGUGUUUGAUGAGAAAGUACUGAGCAAAAUUCCCAGAGGGCCAUUGAAGGACAAGAAGAGGGCAUGAGAAGAGUGCUGCAGAUGAACUAUGUUCAGUCUAUAUGCAUAUAUAAUCGUGUUUGAGAUUGUAUGAUGAUUUGUUUUGGGGGUUCUUCACAUAUGAUGAAUUUAGACAGAUUUGACGUAGUUAGUGUUUUGUGUGUGUUUCUUUGUAGUAGUAUACAAAAUCUCUGUUGUACUAUGAAACUUGAUGAAUCGCGCUCUCCAUAAUUGUCAUGUGUGGCAGUGUGGGGUGUUGACGAUGAUCUUUUGUGACCUAAACUAGUUUUAUAGGCUUUCUUUACCUGUUUUAAAGUCUAGACUAGAUAUAGACUUCACGAUUUGCAUAAGAAACUAACACGGAUUUUUUUACUUGCUCUCAAACCAG